AUGCAGUCUGAUGCGCUGGCUGUGAAAUGCGAAGUGGUUGCCGUGACGUCUCACUGCUGUUUCUCAGCUGGACUGAAUGCUGAUCUGUCCACAUCUGUUUUCUCUCUCCCUCAGCUGAUUUCGGCCAUCCCAACUCACCGUCUAACGUUCCUGAAGGAGGCUGGACAUGGCAUCACUGAGGAGGAGAUCAACAAGGAGGUGCUGACGGAGGACACAGAUGAGCUUGACCAUGCAGAGAUGGAGCUGAGGAGAGGCCAGAUCCUCUGGGUCAGAGGUCUGAACCGCAUCCAGACGCAGGUUACCAAUAUUAUCUUUAAGAAGAUGACAGUUGCUAUGGUAACUCAGGAGGCUCUGGAGGGAAAAAGAAACUGCUUUUAA